UCAUUUCCUCUGCCAUAAAGAUAAAUUCAGCAUCACAUUGACAGCGACGUCCAUUUUUAAUUGGAGAUUAUACAAUACGCUUCACCAUUUUGGGACAUUCUGCGAACCUCGUGUAAAAAUGAAUCAAUGUUUUAGGUGUUAAAGUGAUAAAAUGCCUGGAAAUAGACAUCAUGCAGACAAUUCAAACGGUGAAUCAGGAAGCUUUGCAAGGAUGGGAAUGAAUUACAACGAGUUUCGAAGUGCAGCCCAGAAAAUAGUUGAUUAUGUGAUAAAUUAUCACCAAAGUCUAGAUGGAAAACAAGCAUUUCCUUCAGUGAAACCAGGUUUUCUAAGAAAGCUUUUGCCCUGGAAUCCGCCAGAGCAUGGUGGCCAAUGGGAAGAUUUACUUGAAGAUUUCGAUAAAAUAAUUAUGAAGGGAAUGACACAUUGGCAUUCGUCCAAGUUUUUCGCAUAUUUACCAACAGGAAAUAGCUAUCCUUCUCUUCUAGCCGCUAUGUUGGUCGAUGGAUGUGGAAGUCUAGCUUUCAGCUGGGCUACGAGUCCUGCCUGCACAGAACUAGAAACCUUAAUGUUGGACUGGCUGGCGAAAGCUAUGAAUCUUCCUGCAUGUUUUAUUCAUGAAGGCGUUGGUCCUGGAUGCGGAGUGAUUCUAGGGUCAUGCAGUGAGGGUACAUUGAUGACGUUGUUGUCUGCAAGGAAUAAUGCCCUGAAACAACUUAGCUUAAUAUAUCCUGAUGUCGCUCAGUACGAACUUGCAUCGCGAUUAGUUGCAUAUACUUCGGAAUACAGUCAUUCUUCGGUUGAGAGAGCAAGUUUAUUGGGAUUCACAAAACUGCAUAAAGUACCAGUGGAUAAAAUUGUUUCAAUGCGUGGGGAGGCAUUACAACGCGCAAUAAAAGAAGAUAAGAAGGCUGGGAAAUUUCCGUUUUAUGUGUGUGCAACGCUGGGAACAACGUCCUGUGUUUCAUUUGACAAUCUUGACGAAAUUGGACAAGUUUGUCAAGAAGAAAAUGUAUUUUGGUUGCAUGUUGAUGCCUCUUACGCCGGAGGCAGCUUCAUUUGUCCGGAAUUUCGUCGCCAUAUGAAAGGAAUAGAGUAUGCAGAUUCCAUCACAUGUAAUCCACAAAAGUGCUUGAUGAUUAACCCUCAGUUUUCGGUUCUUUGGGUGAAAGAUAGAAAAAGGUAUUCAGAACCUUUCAAAGUUGACCCGAGUUACGUUCGACACGAUGAAGAGGACGUCGUAAUUGAUUACCGGCACAUGGGUGUUGGAUUCGGGCGGCGAUUUCGUUCGCUCAAACCGUGGUUUGUUUUUCGUCUAAUUGGAAUCGAAGGUCUUCGCCACAGAGUAAGAGAAGACGUGAAAAUGGCCAAAUUAUUCGAAUCGCUUGUCAAUACUGACGGUCGGUUUGAAGUUGUUUUUCCGGUGGAAUUGGGAGUUGUGUGUUUCCGACUCAUAAUUUACAAAGACGACACAAAGAAAAGUAACAUGAUCAACAGACAGCUACUCAAGCAAAUCAAGGAUUCAAAAGAUGUCUUCUUGAUAUCAUCAGAAGUUGAAGAAACUUUCUUUCUUCGAUUAUGCACCGGUUUUAAUGCGUGUAACGAAAACGCAAUCCAUAACUGCUGGAACGUCAUUUUAAAACACACUAAUUUAAUCUUGUAGGAUUUGUUCAAUGUACUAAAUAUUACAGAUUGCUAGAUUAGAGAUAGAGAAAUUGCUAUAUUCAAUAAAUAGAAAUAUACUCAAGAUUUAUUUU